AUGGAAAAUACACUGAAAGGUGAGGAGGAAGCCCUGCUACACGUGUUUCCACGUCAGGAAGCCGACUUGGUCGAAGCCACGUCAACGUACGGCGCUAGUUUCAGCAGCAGCAUCAGCAUUAACGGAGCUGGCGGCAACGUGCAGGGCCCGCAGCUUACGAGUGAGCUACCGUCGCGGUUGCUCUUCUCCAACUCGUCCGGCGGCAGCUUGCCUUGCUCCGCGACGGGUCAGCCAGCACCGACGGUCCGCUGGCUCACCGAGGACGGAGAAGAGGCGGUCGACGUUCCCCGCCUCAGACACGUGCGCCAAGGAGACGGAUCCCUGGUGUUCCUGCCUUUCCGCGCCGACCAGUUCCGCCGAGACGUGCACGAGGCUCGUUACCGCUGCUCGGCAAGUAACGCCAUCGGUACGGUGGUCAGCCCACAGGUUCACGUCACAGCCGUGCUGGACACCAACUACGAGAUACGCUUCUCGGACAGGCACGUACUCACCGGCAACUCGGUGCUCCUGCAGUGUCCCAUUCCCAGUCAUCUGACAGACCACGUGUUCGUGACGUCUUGGCAGAGGGUCGACGGGUACGUCAUCACUAAGAACACUCACGGAGACGAAUACUUAGUGACGAGUGACGGGCAGCUGUACAUCCGGGAGGCCCGGGACUCGGAGGAGCUACUGCGAUACCGCUGUCACACAGAGAACACACUCACCCGCAGGAAGAAGACCAGCAUCAACUUCGUUCGACUGUUGCUUAGAGAGCCUGUGGCGAUGCAGAUGCCAUCAAUCGUCCACCGCAGUAGCCGUGUGCUCAGCGAUCCGGGCAAGACAGCCGAGUUACUGUGCGCUGCCGAGGGAUUCCCAGUGCCAUCUUAUAGCUGGUACAAGCGCGACGGUCAACGGAUGCUGCCCGUGGAGUCCGGGUCCCGCGUCCGCCAGGUAGCCGGCGUUCUGCAGUUUCGCGAAGUGGAAUCCGCUGACGGAGGCGCCUACGUUUGCGUCGUGUCCAACAGCGUCGGCGACGCGCAGGUCGACCUCGAGCUCGUGGUCACUCCGAAGCCGUGGGCAACGGUGACUCCGGCGAACGUGCGAGCCGAGGUGGGUCACGCCGCCGCGUUUCGCUGCAACGCCUCCGGAUUGGACUGGGGCGUGCUGGACGAGACGAGUCUCGAAUGGAGACACAACGGACGCCGCGUGAUGCCCACAGCGCAGCAGUCGCUGGUGGGGAUGGGCCGUUCGCGUGUGCUGCACCUGCCUUCGAUCCGACGCCAGGACCAAGGAAUGUACCAGUGCUUUGUGCGCUUGUCGCCCAAGAGCACCAUACAGGCGGCAGCCGAGCUCAUUGUUGGCGAUCAAGCUCCAAGGUUCAAGUCAACCUUCGACGAGGUCACCGUGCGGCCGGGCAAGCCCGUGUCGCUGCGAUGCGUGGCAAUGGGUGACCCGCCUCCGCGCGUCUCCUGGUCACUGGACGGGGUAUGGCCCAUCGACAAUCGCCACGGCCGCGUACGCGUUCGUACUACAGGUCCGGACUCUAGUUCGGGCGCAAACGGGGCCGAGGUGUCCAGCACGCUGUCCAUCUCGUCGGCCGAAGUCCAAGACAGCGGCUCGUACGUGUGCGAAGCGUCGAACUACGCGGGUACGGCGUCGCACACGGCUCGAAUCAACGUCUACGGGCCGAUCUUCGUUCGUGCACUGGGAAACCUCUCAGCGCUGGCAGGUGGCACGUUUUCGGUGCAGUGCCCAUUUGGUGGAUAUCCUUACGGGAACAUAGACUGGGACAAAGAUGGUCGGCGGCUGCCGCUGAAUCAACGCCAGAUGGUGUAUCCCAACGGGACAUUAGAGAUCCAUAAUAUGGACCGCGAGCACGACCAAGGCCAAUACACGUGCACUGUGCAUGGACCAGACUCCCAGGCACUCCAUCGGACAACAUCGCUGUUCGUGCGCACCGGACCGCAGAUAACGCCGUUCGGCUUCCAGGCCAACCUGCACGAAGGGAUGCGUGCGGGCCUCACUUGUCUCGUGCACGCCGGAGACCCACCUAUCCGCAUCGAGUGGCUACGCGACGGGAAGCCGCUGGUGCCGGGUGCCUACCCACUCCCCGACGUAGCCGUGCUCUCUCCCGAAGGUGGCUUCGUGUCCACACUGACGCUACCACGCCUCUCGUCCCGCCUCAACGGAAACUACACGUGCCGAGCCGCGAACGAGUACGCGUCAGCCGAGCACUCCGCAGAGCUACUCGUUAAAGUGCCUCCUGCCUGGACUAUGGAGCCCAAUGACACGACUGCCGUGACGGGGCGCUCAGUUUACGUCGACUGCCAGGCUAGUGGAGUUCCCCAGCCCCACAUUCGAUGGAAGAGUUCUUCAGAGCCGGUCAGUCCGGCGUCGCAGUUCCGCACCAUCAUCAGCAACUCCCGCAUCCAUAUCCUAGUCAACGGAACACUAAGCAUCCGCAGCGUGGAGCCUGGGGACGCCGGACUGUAUCUGUGCGAGGCCUCGAAUGGCGUAGGAUCCGGAAUAAGCCGCGUGCUGCAUCUUACUGUGCGAAGCGCGCCACGCUUUGCAAGCAAGUUCACUACUGUGUCGGUACGUCGGGGAGAAGGCACCGAACUGAACUGCCCAGCCCAGGGAGAUUCCCCCAUACGCUUCCACUGGCUCAAGAAUAACCUACCACUCAACGUGCUAAAAGAGAGGAGGUACUCUAGGGUGGAAGAUAGAAAUGGUGACACCACGGUCUCGAGGAUUAGCAUCCAUCAGGUGGAGAGGUCAGACAACGCCGUUUUUACCUGCCAGGCUGCCAACGAGUUCGGCGAGGAUUCGGCCAAUAUUCAACUUACCGUCCAAGACGUGCCGGAUCCUCCAGUGGAUGUCGACGCCAGAGAGGUGGGCAGCCGCACAGCUCGGAUCACGUGGUCUGCUCCAUUCACGGGAAACUCGGCCGUAACGCAAUACGUACUCCACUGGAACACGAUCGAUGGCCUCUGGCAAGACACAUUGUCCGUGUCCGGACUCGAGACGAAGGCCACAGUGCGAGGUUUGCUGCCAACCACGACCUACCAGCUGCGAGUACGGGCUCACAACGCACUCGGUAUCGGCGAGUACAGUGCACCCGUCGAGUUCACCACCUCGAAAGAGCCUCCACGGUUCCCUCCGAAGAAUGUACAAGCCAUGGCGACAAACACGAGAACGAUAUCAGUGUCCUUUGACAAUCCCCACCGUUCGAGCGUGGGCGACGAGAUCGAGGGAUUCUACGUGGGAUACCGCGAGCUCUCCAGCUCGGACGCGUUCACGUUCAAGACAUUCGAGGCAUCACCCGCGCUGCUGUCAGCUCCUGUGAGCCACGACGCCAGCAGUAUACACGCGAACGUGGGUGAUACCGCGGGGCCUGCGGAGCCUAUACCGCAUAGGUUAAGCUAUGAACUCGCCGGCCUGCGCCGCUCCACGGAGUACGUGGUCACCGCUCAGGCAUUCAACACCAAAGGUGCCGGACCCCAGUCGGAAGUUGUCAGGGUGCGAACACUGGACUUCGACCCCCCGAGUGCUCCUCAUUUACGAGUAGGCGGCACAACGUCACGGUCUGUAUCCGUGAACUGGGAGAACGAGCAUCAUCAAGAGAUCCCCAUCACAGGCUACUCGCUCUACUAUAAAUCAGAAUCGGGGGGUGAAUGGCACGAGGUGUCGGUGCCGCCUGACCGAAGGGCCUUCACGUUGUCAGACCUGCGUUGCGGCACGGAGUACCUGGUCUACAUCAGAGCCGCUAACCGCGCCGGAAAGGGACCCCAGGGAGAGACGCUCAGCGUGCGGACCAACGGAGGACGUCCGGUGGAACCUGACGCAAACCGUCUGUUCGAAGUCAACACGACGUUCGUGGUGCUGCACCUCGACGCAUGGGAGAGCGGUGGCUGCCCAGUUUCCUACUUCGUGGUCCAGUACAGGCCAGACACGCGCGCGCCUUCUCCGCCUCCUUCGUCGUCCGACUGGACUCUGCACUCGAACAACGUAGUGCCGCAGCAGCAACUCGUUCAGCUUGCGGACUUGGCACCAGGCACGUGGUACACGUUACUGAUGUCGGCCCACAACGAUGCUGGCUCGACCGAAGUGGAGCUGAGCUUCGCCACGCUGACGCUCGCAGGAGACGUUCCUUCCCGAAGGUACGAGCUCGUGGACCCCCAGGUUGCCUUCUACAGGCAUCUGACCGUGACUGUGCCCAUCGUGAGCGCCAUCGUAGUACUGGUGAUCGUCAUCGGCAUCGUCUUGUUCAUGCUGAGAAAACGAAACUACGACCCGAGACAGCGCUUCAACGACGGCAUGGUGGUCGCUGAGUGCUGCGAUGGCGUCAAGGGCGACGUGAUGCUGGCCGUGUCCCGAGAAUCCCAGGCGAGGCAGCCCGUCUACUACCCAGCGCCGUACGCGACGAACCACAGGGGCGGUGCGGCUGCGAACGCUGCUUCUGGCCACUUCAACCACGUGACUGGUGCCAGGGAAGGAGGCGGGGCCGACGAUCCCAUGAACCGGACGUACGACGUGCCUUAUCCCGUCAAGAGACUAGAAAUGUGGGAACCAAGGACCGAGACGUUGGUGGCGGAAAUGGAAGUCUACGAAAAAGCAGGCCGAGAAGCGAUCUACACAAGCUCGCCGUUUCACAUAUCAAAGACGAAAGCCCAAAAGAAGCUGUGGAGGGACGAUGGUGACAGGAGCUCUGGGAGUGACGCCGACGUCGAGGACUUGCAGGGAGAAGCCUGCAACGGUGCCUUUCCCGAGGCACUUAUCGGGCCUUCGGAAAAGGUGCCGUGUCGAGACAACCGCCUUUGCAUGAAGGACACGACCACUUCUUUUCGCAGAAAUUUCAUGGGGAAAGUACCAACGUGACCUUGGAGCCUGUGGACGGCCGGAAGAUGCCAGAGACAAGAAAACGGGAUUGAUCCAGGAAGUAACAAAACGAACAAGGCGCUGAAUGUGCUGCAGAAGAUCCUGGCGGCCAGAUAUGGAAUCUGUGUUCUCGAAGGAGAAAAUGUUAAUGCGUCAACGUACCACCAUGCGGAGGCCCAAAUGUACCUCUUGGAAUCUGGACAUGGGCAAAACUUUGCUCUGGAAUCUACAACUACCGAAAGAGAAAGUUUACGGAGGGAAACGUGGAAAGGCCGUCCUCGCGCUUGAAGGUAUUCGCUGACACUCUGCGAGGACUAUGACGUCACAAAAUGUAAGGCGAGACUCUUCGUGGUCCGAGUGCACCAAGUAAUGUUACUGCCGUGAGAGAACUACUAAGAGCCCGCACGUGAACGAAAAAAAAAAACCAUGCGAAAACGUUGGUCCUUUGCCGCCCAAGAGACAGGCAGUGUACUUUCUGCGAGAAACAGCGGCGUAUACGGCCCAGAGUGAAAUAAAUAACUGCAGUGAUGUGCUUCAAGCUGUGCCAGCGUUCGUGAGACUUUCCAAGGCGAACUCGUUGUGUAAGCAUGUUGUGUGCCAGCAGUCGGUGCGGCCAAGAAGAUUAUUUUCGUACAUGUAACAAUAAAAUAUGG